GGCCGGUCUCCGAGAGAAACGUCAAAAUUUUAGUUGAUUGUAAACAAAACACGUUUUGCGGUGUGUUGUGUCGUGAAUCUCACAUUUAAGUUAAAGUUUUGGAGCCUUUGAUGCACUAAAAUCUUUAAAAAUGAGGAUAAGCGUCGACGGUCUGCUGGUGUACUUCCCGUACGAGUACAUCUACCCGGAGCAGUAUGCGUACAUGCUCGAACUUAAGCGCACCUUCGACGCCAAGGGCCACUGCCUGCUGGAGAUGCCCUCGGGAACGGGCAAAACCACGACGCUGCUUUCGCUGAUCGUGGCGUACAUCAUGGAGAACCCGCACAUCGUACGCAAGCUGAUCUACUGCUCGCGUACGGUGCCCGAAAUCGAAAAGGUCAUCGCUGAGUUGAAACAUCUGAUGAACUACUACGAAAAGCAAACUGGCGUGAUGCCCAACAUCACCGGGUUGGUGCUGUCCUCUCGUAAGAACAUGUGCAUCCACUCGGAGGUCAGCAAGGAGCGCGACGGCAAGAUCGUGGACGCCAAGUGCUACGGCAUGACGGCGAGCUACGUGCGAGAUCGGGCCGCAACCGACGACUCCGUGCCCAUCUGUCAGUACUUUGAGGGCUUCCAGGCGGAGGGCAAGGAAACGACGCUCCCUCCUGGGGUCUACUCGAUCGACGACAUGAAAGAGUUUGGACGCGAGCGCAACUGGUGUCCGUACUUUAUGUCGCGCUUCGCGAUCAACCAGGCGCACGUGGUCGUGUACAGCUACCACUACCUGCUGGAUCCGAAGAUUGCCGAGGUGGUCUCGAAGGAGCUGGCCCGCGAGUCGGUCGUGGUUUGCGACGAGGCGCACAACAUUGACAACGUCUGCGUGGACUCAAUGAGCGUCAAGAUCAACCGUCGAUUGAUCGAGAAAAGUACGACUGGAGUGCACACGCUGGAGAAAUACGUCGCAGAAAUGAAGGACGACGACCGGCGACGGCUCAACGACGAGUACCUCCGGCUGGUACAGGGUCUCAAGGACGCUGCGAUGCAGCGCGAGACGGACAUGGUCCUCGCCAACCCGGCUCUCCCGUCGGAAAUCCUCAAAGAGGUCGUCCCCGGGAACAUCCGCAACGCCGAUCACUUCCUCAGCUUCCUGAAGCGCUUCAUCGAGUACAUCAAGUCGCGCCUUCGCGUGCAGCACGUCGUUCAAGAGAGUCCAGCCGGCUUUCUGAAGGACAUCCAGCAGAAGGUUUGCAUCGAGCGGAAACCGCUAAGGUUUUGUGCGGAACGACUGUCGUCGCUGCUGCGCACGCUGGAGAUUACGGACCUGACCGAGUUCGGUCCGCUAACGGUGAUUACGUCGUUCGCUACGCUGGUGUCGAGCUACACGAAAGGGUUUACGAUUAUUAUCGAACCGUUUGACGAUAAAACGCCGACGGUGUCGAAUCCGAUCAUGCACCUGAGCUGCAUGGACUCGUCGAUCGCGAUGAAGCCGAUCUUUCAGCGCUUCCAGAGCGUUGUGAUUACGUCGGGAACGCUCUCGCCGAUGGACAUGUACCCGAAGAUCUUGGACUUUGAGCCGGUGGUGAUGAGUUCGUUCACGAUGACGCUGGCCAGGCCGUGUCUGCUGCCGAUGAUCGUCACCCGCGGCAACGACCAGGUGGCCAUCUCGUCCAAGUUCGAGUCGCGCGAGGACACCGCCGUCACGCGCAACUACGGCCAGCUGCUGGUGGAAACGGCCAAAACCGUCCCGGAUGGGAUCGUGUGCUUCUUCACGUCCUAUCUCUACCUGGAAUCGGUGGUGGCGUCGUGGUACGACCAGGGCAUAAUCGACACGUUGCUGCGGUACAAGCUGCUGUUCAUCGAGACGCAGGACAACGCCGAGACGUCGUACGCGCUGAUGAACUACGUGAAGGCGUGCGAGUGUGGCCGCGGGGCGGUUCUGCUGGCGGUGGCGCGGGGUCGCGUGUCCGAGGGCGUUGAUUUUGACCAUCAUUUGGGGCGAGCGGUGCUGAUGUUUGGCAUUCCUUAUGUUUACACGCAGAGUAGGAUUCUGAAGGCGCGGUUGGACUAUCUGCGGGACCAGUUCCAGAUCCGGGAGAAUGACUUCCUGACGUUUGACGCGUUGCGGCACGCGGCUCAGUGCGUGGGACGUGCCAUUCGCGGUAAAACCGACUACGGCAUCAUGAUCUUCGCGGACAAGCGCUUCAGCCGGCAGGACAAACGCGGUAAGCUGCCCAAGUGGAUCCAGGAGCACCUGACGGACAACUACAGCAACCUGAGCACGGAGGAGGCGAUGCAGCUGGCCAAACGGUGGCUCCGCCAGAUGGCCCAACCAUUUACGCGCGAAGAUCAGCUGGGCGUGUCGCUGCUGACGCUCGAGCAGCUGACGUCGAUCGAGAAGGAAAAGCUCGAAAAGCAAGCCCAGGGAUAGCAGUGAAGUUGGUCAAUAAAAAGUUUUUUUUUCUUCUCUUAUUAA